CAUAAGAGGACCAAGUGGCAAAUUCCAACCAGGAAUAUGUCCGAAGGCGACAUGCUCAUCGACAGAUGUUCUCGAGGAACUCGAUCGUUCCGAUGCCGAGUCUGUCAGGGGAUUCAUCCGCUUCGGACGUGUUCGCGGUUUCUCCGGCUAGAUGCAGAGCGGCGGCUCCGUGCGGUCCUCAUCAACAAAUAUUGCCCGAACUGCUUGGCGCACCAGCAUUCCGGAGGCUCGUGCCGAAGUGAGUGUCGCUGCCGAGUAUGUGGGGACACUCAUCACACCUUGCUGCAUCUCCAUCGGCGGGAAAAGCGAGAGCGGUCUGCUAGCGCGGACAGGCCCAUCGAGACGCCAGAGCCGAAGGCCAACAUCGAGCAACCCCGCCUCUCGGCAGUGCUCUCCCACACUGCAACGGCUAUCCUGCCCACCGUCAAUCUGCGGUUCGACAUCGGGGACAAACGCUUCGAUGUGCGGGCUAUGGUAGAUGCGUGCUCUACUUUGAGCCGCAUUGACGGAUCACUAGCCGAGGCCAUGGCCCUCCCUAUCCUGGGAGUCGGUGAUGAGAGGGUGUGCAGAGCCACUCUCAUACCGAUUCAUACAGAGACGCCACGGAUUGAGGUGGUGUUCCACGUCGAGGAGCAGCUGCGAAUGCGGACUCCUGCCCGAGAGCUGCCUGACGCUGCCAAAACAGUGUUCACCAACCUCAUCCUGUCGGACCCCAGUUUCCACAGGCCGGCUGGUACCUCCGUCGUGCUAGGUGCGGAUGUGUUUCCCACGCUCAUCCAACCGGGUGUCAUGCACAGCCAGAACGGGCACAUCGUAGCACAGAGCACUGUUUUAGGAUGGAUGCUCUCCGGAACAUACGCCCACUGACGCAUCACAGAUUCUUUUGCAAUCUGUGGCAUUGCAAGGCGGGCGGGAUGUUUACUCCAGCUCCCGUGUGCCAGUUCCACGCGUCCCUAAAUGGAGAAGGGAAUCCACCCACUCUCUUUUGAAAAAGGGAGUAUUCUUCCAUUAGGGACC